UCGGGGGCGGAGUUCGGGCUACGGCGGCCGCGAGGCGGCGGCGAUCGGGCUCAGCCGGCCGGGGCGCGCCGGGCGCCGCCGCCAUGGGCAACCUGUUCGGCCGCAAGAAGCAGAGCCGGGUGACCGAGCAGGACAAGGCCAUCCUGCAACUGAAGCAGCAGCGGGACAAGCUCCGGCAGUACCAGAAGCGGGUCACGCAGCAGCUGGAGCGGGAGCGGGCCCUGGCGCGGCAGCUGCUGCGGGACGGCCGGAAGGAGCGGGCCAAGCUGCUGCUGAAGAAGAAGCGGUACCGGGAGCAGCUCCUGGACAAGGCGGAGAACCAGAUCAGCAGCCUGGAGGCCAUGGUGCAGGGCAUUGAAUUCACCCAGAUUGAGAUGAAGGUGAUGGAGGGGCUGAAGCUGGGCAGCGAAUGCCUCAACAGGAUGCACCAGGUCAUGUCUCUAGAGGAGGUGGAGCGGAUCCUGGAUGAAACGGAAGAGGCCGUGGAGUACCAGCGGCAAAUCGACGAGCUGUUGGCAGGAAGCUUCACCCAGGAGGAUGAGGCGGCCAUCCUGGAAGAACUGAACGCCAUUACCCAGGAGCAGAUUGAGCUGCCAGAGGUGCCCACGGAGCCCCUGCCUGAGAAGAUGCCAGAAAAGGCCCCUGCCAAGGCCAAGGCCGGGCCCAGGCAGGCGGAGCUGGUGGCAGCUUCCUGACUUGCAGACCCCGGGCCUGGCCUACCGUGUCUGGGUGCACGCUGACUGCACGGCUCCUCCAGGCCUGGUGGGUGCGCCGGGCAGUGAGGCUGACA